UUUCAAAGUACGGCUGCUACAAUGAUUUCGUUUGUUCUAUAUUUUAUUAUAUUUUAUACGGCCACUGCGGAUAAUUUAAAAGUUCUCAACUAUCAGAACUCCGCAGAAACAAUUGUUCAAGACCUUAUAGACAACUGGCAGUCCCCGAUAGGUUACCUGAAGAGUCGAGGGUACCUGCCCAAUGUCCUUCAGUAUGCUCCAAAGCUGAAUUUUGACCGAGAAACAGAUCCUGUCGUAGCCAAAGCGGGAAAUGCGAAGGAAAUUGACUCCGCGGUGAUGGAAAACGACCGACUAGUGCGCUCCUUUGAUGAACCGAAUUCAGACGAAAUGAAGAACCUGUUUCGCAGGCUUUUCUCUUCAAAGAAAGACGAUACCAUAUCCGAUGAAAUCAAGUCCAAGCUGGACGUGUCCUGGGACAUGAAUCAGUUAGUGUCCACUGCCCUUAAGGAAGCCGAGAAAUGUCAUGAGAAAUUUAGCAUGAAACUUACCCAGAAUGCUGAAACCGAUCCCACUGCCACCAACGAGCCCUUUGACUCCGAUAUCGAUGCAGAAAUAGCACAGCUCUAUCCCUCAGUGCUAUCCACAAAGGAUGAUGUGAAGAAGAAGGAAGUAAAGGCUUUUUCGCCAUACAAGAAACCCUACCACCACCUAGUCAAGGGCUUUGGCAAAAUUCUGGGCAGCCGUAAACCAGGAGACGGCUAUGCCCAGGCACUUGUAUCCAGUCCAAAGGCAGGACCAGGCAGGACACACAGUGACAUGUUGAGCUUUCAAAUAAAUGAUCGAGACUAGCAAUCGCAUUUGGGAAAUGUAAAUGUCGGGGGAGGACGUCGUUCUGCCACCGGCUUUCAUCCCUAAAUUAACUGAUCAGCAGAUCAAGUGAUGACCUUGACUAUAUAUUUACGAAAUAUUUGUUUGUGAUCAUGUGCAAUUAAACGUUGGCAUCAUUUAGCUCCAUUUAAUUUAUGAC